AAUAUUCCAAGCUCACCGAAACCAAAAUGCCUCUUCUUCUCUCUUGUAAAAUUUCACAUAUAAAUGCCAAAGCUUCUCGUCCAGACUCCCUUUCCUCUUCAAAAACACCUUUUAACAAUCUGAGAAACUUCAAUUCCCUCCCCAAAAGUUUCUUUAUGGAUACGCUGGUCCUCCAUUCAAACAAGUGCAGUUCAUCUGUUUCUCUAAAUCAAUUUCUGCCCUUUGAUAUCUUUCCCUCAGUUGAUUUUCAUCUUUUGACUUUUAGUCAACUCCGGUUUUGCUUCUGACCUUAAUUUACGGGAGCUGUCACCAUGGGAAGAAAGAGUUCGCAGAGGAAGAAGGCGGUGAUGUUGGAUAGUGAUGACGCAGAUAACGUGAGUUCAUCGUCAAAUUCUCGGUCAAAUAUGAUAGUGUCAGGUGGUAUAGAGGAGGUUCAAGUUGACAAGGAGACUUUGCUUGAUCAAUGCGUCGAUGCCCUCUAUGAGAAAAGGGGAUCAACAAGAGAGAACGCUCUUGCGUCUAUUAUAGAAGCCUUCAAUAGCGACAUACAACAUGAGUUUGUUGAAAAGAAGUUUGCCACUUUGUUGCAACAAUGUCUGAAUUCCAUUAAACGGGGAUCCUCCAAGGAGAUAGCUUUGGCAUCUCAUUUUCUUGGAAUUUUGGCUUUAACUGUUGGUCCUGGGGACAAAGCACAUGAAAUGUUGGAAGAAUCAUUGUCUCCGAUUACAGAAGCUCUUAAAUCUCGUUCUGAGACAUCUAAGAUUUCUUCGCUACUGGAGUCUUUGGCCAUUAUCACUUUUGUUGGAGGCAAAGAGGCAGAGGAAACAGAGAAGUCAAUGCAAUUGAUGUGGCAAGUCAUUCAUCCAAAAGUUGGUCCUAAUGUAGCUACUGCUAAACCUUCACCACCAAUGAUAACAGCAACGGUAUCUGCAUGGUCUUUCCUCCUUACUACCAUUGAUGGACGGGCGCUAAACCCAAAAAGCUGGCAAGGGUCAAUCUCUUACUUUUCAACUCUGCUGGACAAAGAUGACAGAGCUGUACGUAUUGCAGCUGGCGAAGCACUUGCUUUAGUUUUCGAAGUCGGGAGUCUUGAGAAGUUCUCUGUUGAAGAUAAAGGAUCUAGUGACAGCUCCACAGAUGAAGCAAACAAAUCUAAGCUUAUUUUGCAUAUCCAAGGAUUAAGAGCGAAGGUCCUGAACCAGAUGAGAAGCCUUUCAGUAGAGGCAGGAGGCAAAGGAUCAGCCAAGAAGGACCUCAACAGCCAAAGAAACACAUUUCGAGAUAUCUUGGAAUUCCUUGAGGAUGGAUAUACUCCAGAGAGCUCAAGAAAGAUUGGUGGGGAGUUGCUUACCACAAGUACCUGGCGUCAACUGAUACAGUUAAACUUCCUAAAGCACUUCCUUGGAGGAGGUUUUGUGAAGCACAUGCAGGAAAAUGAAUUUCUUCAUGAUGUCUUUGGUUUCACACCAAAGAGAAAAUUGCUUUCGGGUGUUGAGCAUCGUGUAUCCGGAACAGAAAAGAGGCUGUACAAGUCACCAAACUCGGUCGCUGACAAGGCCAGAACUCAAUUUCGAAACAAGCAAAGGAUGUUAGCCCAGGAUAAGAAUGUGGGGUGCUACUACACGGCUGAUGAUGAGGUCUGAAGAUUAUUAGUUAAGCAGAAUCGCAGUUCAAUACAUUUGGAUAUAUUUUGGUUCCCAUGUUAAGAUAUUCAUUUCUAGUCGGACAUUUGUAUAAAGAUAAGGUUGAAACUCCGAAGAUGAUAAUAUCGUCUGUGGGAAGCUUGUUGGUUCCUUGUUAUUCUUCUUUUACUUGAACUGAGUCAUCUGAAGAGUAUUUCAGUUUUCUGACUCCCAAUCAGAUUUAAGUGCUCAACUGGGAAAGACGCAAAAAAUCUGCGAGGAAGAUAAUUUAAUUUCUACUGACUUGUCAUCUUUUGCCUUUUAACUGCAUCUAGGGAGACAUCACACCUGCCCUGUUGUAUCAUUUGCAUUCUACCAAAAGUUCAGCUAAAUGGACUAUUGGAUUCAGUAGCUGGAUGUACCCCCAAAAUUUGCUAGUUGGGGGUCACCUUGUGAGGGUGAAAGCAAGUUGAUAAACAUAGAACGAUCAAUUCUUCCCAAGUAGGCCACAUCAGUUAGGUCAAAGACUAUUCAGGAAUUGGGUCAAACAUAGUUCAGUUUUUAUAGCGGCAACUCAAGAUUUUUUUCUAUUAGUUCUUGUGACUUUCUAGCUGAACAAUUAAUAAGUUACAAAUAGUAUGAGCAUUGUAUAUGCUAUUUAACUA